UGUGACCCUGUGUAGGAUAAGCGGUAAAGAAAAUGGAUAAGAUAAGAUAAGAUAAUACUUGAUUAAUCCCCAGAUGGCGAAAUUAGGAUGGAUAUUAAUUUACAAUCAAUUUAUCUUAAAAGGUUUGAAAGAAAGACAGAUUUAUUUUAAUAUAAUGUGAUUAAUUAAAAUAAAAUCAGGAAGGCAAAAACUAAAAACUAUUUGCACUUUUUAAAUGUUGUUUAGGGGUGUAUAUUUUGACCAAAAAAAAAAAGAUUUUCAGAAAAGAACAUGAGCAUGAUUUUACUAGGGAAGAGAUAAGUAGGUUUUUUUUUGUUUUUUACAAUUAUAUAUGAACAUUUGAACAAUUUUUGCCUUUUUUUUGUUGUUGUUGUUUUCAAUAAGUCUUUCAAAAAAAUCAUUCUUGACUUGACUAAAUUGACCAAUGAACGCGUCUCACUCAGUGACGCGUUUCGUUUAAAUCCAAUGGAAUCGCUGCUUUCGUGUGACGUCAUUCCAAAUGCGGAACUACCAGGAAAACACAAGUUGUGUCCAAAUGACGCACUAUACACUGUGCACUUAUACACUGUGUACUUAUGCACUAUGUACUAUAAACCGCGUACUGUAUGAAUUUUAUAGUUAUUUUUUCAUUCAACAUCAGAGUCUGAUAGCCCCGCCCCCUCCGUACGUAAUGACUUCAUUUUCUCGGUUUAUUUAAGUGCAUCAUCCGGGUAUUUAAUUUAAAGUGUACUUUUCCUAUUUGGAAUUUUCAGUGAGUACACUACUCGCACUAAUUAUUAUAUAAAAUGACAUAGAAUAGUGCAUAAGCACUAAAAAAAAAAGAGUCACUUCCAAAUGUUAGGAAUUAACAGAGUAAACAAGGUUGACCUUUGAACUUUUGGCAUGCAUGAUAGUUCCAAUCAUGGCGCUGUGUGGACUCAGGGUAAUUAUUUUAGCAGCCUGGUUUACCGGGACUCAUUUGGCCAAUGUAGCGGAGGAUUUGUUUUACACGGCUGCAGUGUAUGAGCACCAAGUUCUCCUGAACCCAGAGCCGAAGGUGGCUGUGGGACGGAAAGCCGCGCUGCAGCACAUGAACCAGAACUUGGAGGUGUUUGAGAAACAGGCGACUUCCGCUGCACAGCAGGGAGCCCAGAUCCUGGUGUUUCCAGAGGACGCCAUCCACGGAUUCAACUACAGCAGAGUGUCUAUAGCUGCGUAUCUGGAGACGGUGCCGGAUCCUGGAGCAGUGACGUGGAGCCCAUGUGCAGAUCCUGACAGAUUCCACAAUACAGAGGUCCUGCAUCGUUUGAGCUGCAUGGCACAGAAGAAUCAUCUCUUCGUGGUGGCUAACACGGCCGACUGCCAACCCUGCAACAGAUCAGUUGAUCCGCUGUGUCCAGCCGACGGCCGAUACCAGUUUAACACCGACGUAGUUUUUAGCGACAACGGCACCAUCGUGGCCAGAUACCACAAACAGAACCUGUACUUUGAGGCAGCCUUCGACACACCUCCUGAAUGCGAGUAUGUGACGUUCACUACUCCGUUCGCCGGGCGCUUCGGGGUGUUCACCUGUUUUGAUAUAUUAUUCCGGGAGCCAGCUGUGACCCUGGUGAAGGACAUGGGCAUCAGACAGUUCGUAUACCCGACAGCUUGGAUGAACCAGCUCCCCCUGCUGGCUGCUGUGCAAUUUCAGCGCUCAUUCUCUUAUUCAGCUGGCGUCACUUUGCUGGCAGCAAACAUCCGCUCGGAGGCUUUGGGUAUGACGGGAAGUGGGAUCUUUACACCCUGGGAUGCACUUUAUCAUCAUGCCGCAGAGGGCGAGGCUGGGAAACUGCUGGUGCUAAGAGUGCCGGUCUUGGAUCCCUUAUUGCUAGGGGACGCUCCAGAGAGGGCUCGAUUGAAAUUAGUGCCCUUCUCCGGCUUUCCCAAAGUGGAUAAUGGAGAGGAACCCAAGUUUAGACCGUUCCAGAGAGGAGCAGACUCAGAAUUUUGCCUAAAAGAGGAUUUGAGUUGUAAUAAACGGUCUGCUCGAUUUACCUCCACGAUGAUGUACGAUAACUUUACACUAGUGCCUCUACAUGGCAAAGAAGGGAAUCUCACAGCAUGUGACGGCUCAUUCUGCUGCCACUUGCUCUUCCGGAGGACAAAUUCCACCCCCGAAGAAGAGCUCUAUGCCCUGGGGGCAUUUGAUGGUCUCCAUGUGGUCCAUGGGACGUACUACCUAGAGGUGUGCGCCUUAGUUCGGUGCACAGGGCUCCAUCAGGAAAGCUGUGGAGGAGAGACUGAGCAUGCGCAUACGCUGAUUGACUUUCACCUGCAAGCGGCGUUCAGUACCGAGCACGUGUACGCCGGCUUGCUGGGCAGCGGGAUGACUCUGGACCGACCGGAUGAAUCCGGCUGGAAAAGCAGCAGGUUUUACAUGAGCCGAAGAGGAAUGACGAGCGGCCUGGUGACUGCAGUUCUGUACGGGAGAGUCUAUGAGAAAGACAGCGAAUAAAGUCGCACAGCUCUCUUUCUUUCA